AUGGUGUAUAUUUUUUUUCUCUCUCUCACAGCUGUGCUAAUGCUGGAUGACGACUUACAAAUUAGUUCUCCUGAUGUAACGUUUGCCUUCUCUGUCUGGAAGAGAUACCCUGACCAGCUGGUGGGCUUUGUGCCACGGACGCACGUCACUACAGCCCCCGGCGUGUACGGCUACAGCUACAACACAGGGGCAGCUGGAGGUGUCAGGUACUCCAUGACUCUGACCAGCGCUGCGUUCCUCCACCGCCGCUACCUACAGCUCUACCGGGAACAGCCCAGAGAGGUGAUCGACAUGGUGGACAAGGGGCAGAACUGCGAGGACAUCACCAUGAACUUCAUCGUGGCCCUUUGGCUGGCAAAGCAGAAGGACGGCGGCGAGUCGAAAGCCCGAGCCGCAGCCGUUUACGUGAAGGCCUUGGACAUGCAGAACCUGGAGGGCGACACCAAGAGCGGGUACCACGGACUGUGGCACAGGAAGGACCACAUGGAGCAGCGCUCGCACUGCCUAAACCAGCUGGCCAAGAUCUAUGGCAGCAUGCCGUUGCGCUACUCCAACCUCAUGCUAACCCGUAAACAUCCAUAGGUUCCCCCUCCCACUGGUGUAGUUUACUUUUUUGUG